GCCUGAAUGAUGGAACAAAGCCUUUGUCAGCACUGCUUGCUCUGGACAGAUGACUGUUUUGUCCUGGUCUUAGUCUCUGUGCACCUUACAAGACUGACGAAUUAGGCAAAAUUGGUGCACCCAUCCUUGUUCCCUAUUGUGUGUUUUUAUCAACAAAGUCUACUAUGAGCCCUUCAUCCUCUUCAUCCAGAGAGGAGCCUGUGGACUUGUGGAAUGCUGGGGGAAGCUUACUCACUAGGUCCAGCUACAAAGGAAAGGCAAAGCGUUGACAGAUUUUACCCAUGGAAAGCGGCAUGAACAGCAUGAGAACACGUGCCUCAGUUUGAAAACAUGUUUUCUUUUUGAUGGAUCCUGCUGGAGAGAGCUUUCUCGUGGCACAGCAGUGAGUGAAACCAGCACAACAUGUUCAGUGUGGAGGACCUCCUGAUUUCUCAUGGAUACAAAUUGUCCAAAAAUCCUUCUACUUCAUACGAGAACAGAAAUGAUGGAUACCAGCCUGAGAUUACAGAAAAUAGAACUAGUCGGGGAACGCUGAACGGGUUUGAGACAGACUCUGGAGCCUGCAUUUACAACAAGAAACCACUGGCAAAAGGCAACUUGAGCAGCAGUGAAGGCAGUCAUUGGAGCCAAGGGUGGCAUGCUGGUCCCGGGUACCACCCAGACCUCCGGGGUUUGUCCACUUUUCAUACUUCAGAAGGGGGGUUUUAUGACAGACAUCUGUUAGCAUGGUCUUCGGGGCCCAAGACUGAUAAAGAUCUGGCCUACUGGAGAAGAAGAGGACAAGACUUUAGCGUAUUACUGGGUUACACUGACAAAGGAGACUCUGAAAUGAAAGGAUUGGCACCACCCCAUGAGGUGUACAGACAUGCUAAAGAAAGUCAGCUGGAGGUCGGAGCAGGAACAGAGAGUGUGACAAGAAGUGGCUUGCAGGAGACCUGGAAAGUGCCUGGUGAUUACAAAUGGCAAAGUUUAAGAACAGAAAGCUGGAACCAACCUAAAAAAUUAGGAAGACAAAUGUCUGAUGGUGAUAGAGAGAAACUGCUUCAAGAUCUAUACUCAUUGAGCCUGGGAGACAAUGGACUUAGCUCCCAUAACAAAGGGAAAUCACAAUCAUUGCCAAGAGUUCUUUCACCAGAGACCAUGAAGUGUGUGGAAAUACCCUCCCUGGUGAAUAAUCAUCACUUCCUAAGUGGAACUAAAGCACCCUCGGGUCCCCAAAACAGACUGCCUUUGGAAUUCACAAAACCCAGGGAAACACUUCUUCCUCUGGCCAAGCCCAAGUAUGGCAGACCCCUUAAACCUCCAUCCUAUGAACUGCACCGACAGAUGAGGGCACCUGUAGAAACCAGUGGCUUUCAGGACCACCAGCAAAUAGAUGAGCCCAUUUCAUAUUUAGCCAAAGGUAAUGAGCCGAAGCAAGACAUUUACAUUCCAGACUCUGGUUUAGAGCCCCCUGUCUAUAUACCACCUCCAUCUUACAAGUCCCCACCUCAGCCAAGUGUGAAUCAGUAUUCCUUCAAUGAAGUGCCUAACUAUGACUUGUGCUUUGACAACGGUCAGCAGCAUCCAGUAGAGAGGACCCUCAGCAGCCAUCGACCCUCCACUAGCACAUUGGAAACUGGGGGUGAACACUGCAAAGAUGACCACCUUCCUCAUGGAAAACAAAGCCAUUCCAGGCACACUGAUGACUACCUGAAUUCCAUUCAGUAUAUUCCUUUUGAUGAUCCUCGAAUACGGCAUAUUAAAAUAGCACAUCCCGAGAGCCACCAGAACAACACUAAACACACUGAAAAUACAUGUAGGACCAAUCCUACUGCUUUGCAGGAGAGAACUAUCAAACUCCAAUACAAUAGUGCCUUUUUGGAUCCAUCAAACUUACUAAAUACUGUAAAGGGUGAGAGAACGCCUGACAGCACCACACUUUGCAACAGGUGGGUGGCAGCAUCCAACGGAGAUCAGGAAAACUGGGCCCUGCCUGACCAAAGAGACAGUGGUGACACAGAUAAUCACCCCCUUGAAAAUGAAACUAAUCAGGAGUACACAAAGGGCAACCUUUCUGUAAGAAACCCACAUAUGGAUAGCACCUGUGAGACUGUUACUAGAGUAAAAAAGUUUGAACCUGGAACUGGGAUGCAGAGCAAAAAGAGUUCAAAGAAAAAAAUGAAUGAAACUAUAUUUUGUUUGGUGUCCAUCCCAGUUAAAUCUGAAUCAAAUCUGCCAGAUACUGAUAGGAACAAUAACUUAACACAGACCCCUGAUAAGAAGAAUGAAUUUGAUAACAAUGGAGCUUUGCAAGAACAAAGUCUUUUAAGUAUGUCUUCCACUGACUUGGAGUUACAAGCUCUCACAGGAAGCAUGACCAAUAAAACUGAGUUACAAAAACAAGAGCUGUGGAAACCAGAGGAGUUCAAACAAAUGAAUGACCUCAGAUUUACUCAGCCUACAAAACACAGGGAACUCAAAUACUCUGGCUCUUGGCCAGGCGAUCAGUACAAAGACCAGCAAACACAGACCUGUUUCACUGAAGACCCUAAAAACUCACAAUUUUUCCAUGGUAUAAAACCUGGUGAACCAAAUAAUAAACUGAUGGCUCCAAAAUUCUUAGCCUGUACAACAUCUUUGGUUGGGUCAGAAGAGGCAGGUUUAUCCCCCGAUGACAGAAGAUGUAGGCAGAAUACAUACAAUAUGAAAGGUCAGAUGAACCUCAGUCCAUCCAGCAAUAGUGCAUUUUCAAGGACUGCCACCUCCGUAAUUCAGGUACAUUCACCAAAGGCAUACCAGAGCCAGCCUUAUGGGUCCUGCACAGCCAUGCCUACCCAGGAAAGGGAAACUGGCACAAUUCCCAGGGGUGAUGUGGCCAAGGGCAAAGCAAGUGCUCCCUGCAAGAGUAAAGAACUAUUUGGUCAGUUUCUCUUGAAACCUGUCGGUCGCCGUCCCUGGGAUGCAAUAAGUGAGUUAGAAAGUUUUAACAAGGAGCUCCAAGAACAGGAAGAAAGCACUAGUAGUGAAGAUGGCGCGGAGAGUGAGGGAACAAAGCAGGACUGUGUUCCUACAAAGAUAGGGACCUCCAGAACUGAUGAAUCAACCCAGGAACUCAGACCUUGUAAGCAGCUAAAAACUGGGGUACCAGAAGUUCCUAUAUUUAAACAAGGGAGAGUUAAAAGUAAGUCUGAAAGUUGGAGUACAGAGCUUAAGUCUGAUGAUCCACAUAUCUGUGCUGGAUCACAAAGCUCCUUGAAUGCAAAAGAGAGCAGUAGUUUAAUCAAGCCAGCAGAUGGAAGUGUGAUAACAGAAACAAGGAAGCAGGAAGCCAAGAACAGAACAAACAAACAGGGAGCAAGUUCAGGCCCAGUCAAUAGAGUUUUGUCCAGUAGUCCAAAUAAUGCAAAUCAGAGUAAUCCAUUCAAUCAUGCGGACUUAGAGGAGACAAAAGAAGAUAGAAAUUACAUAGCUAAUAGGUUAGAUUUUGUAAAACGGAACAAAAGCGCAACUCCCAGGAGUGAUAAACCUUUAGAGAGAGGAUCUAUAGUAAGAUUAUCUUUAACUAAUAGAAAUCAAGGUCAUUCUGAGCCAGAUUUGAGGUCUGUGGGACUGGAUAUUGACCCUGAACCAGGUGCUAACAACUCUGAUUUUUCUUCUAAUGCAAAUGCGAUGGAGAUCCCCCAAAAUGAGUCACUGCAGGCAAGAGCUGCAAGGAUUCUGGGUAUAGAGGUAGCAGUGGAGUCUCUAAUUCCUGGGGACAGAACUGGCCUCCACCAACACUCCAGCCCUGCAAAUAGAGGCCAGGAUCCUGAAUUUCCAGUAGGGAGAACAGUACUUGACAAAGUAGAAACAAAAGACAGCUCUUAUGAGGGCAGACGAAAGUGUGGCUGGACAGAAAGUUCUCUCUUUGUUGGAGAGAGAGACUUCCCAUUGUGGACUGGUGAAUACCAGAGCACUGACCAAGAAGCCAGAUCUAAAACUCUGGUAACUGAGCGAGGUUUUGAACAGCGUGCGGGUCUCAACAGGCAAGAUGAGGAUCCAGACCUGCCUUGCAAGUCUGUUACGCAUCAACUUGCUGAAAGAAACGUGAUCAUUCCGAGCUCGGAAAAAAAAGUUAGAAGCACCUCAAAGGUGAUUGAGACGUUACAAGGCAAACUUGCCUCUCCUCCUAGCCGAACAGUUAUGGAUCGUUUGGUGCGAAUGAAAGAGGUUGACUCGGUUUCCCGUAUGCGGCGUCUGAGUAUCAAGAGUGCAGAUUCAGGGGAGGAAGUAGAUGAGGAGAAACCAUCAAGGGUACAAGAGGAGAGAGGAAGCUAUGCGCCACUCAGCAGUAAUGAACUCUCUCGCAAAAUGGUGCACACAGGUGCUGUUUCCAAGCGCAUUAUCUCUCUUGACGAAAAUGGACACGUAACUACGAUAGGCAAGAAGAAGGCUGACCGAGAUUUUUGUUUAGAUAUGUACGAUCCCUCCAGGGUUGAAAGGGUGUGAGCUGAACACAGAUGAGAAUCUAGAGACGUCUGCUCUCCUAAGAAUGUUUUGCUGAUUUUGCUCUGUGUUUUAACACUUGGAAAUUGCCUCCAUUUGUGGUGUUUGAUAUUCUGAUAAAGCCUUUACCACUGCCAGUAGGAAAUUAGGUAUUCACACAUAUCUGCUUUGCGGAGAUCACAGAAAACUCUGACUCUUACUUGGAUACCAUCUGUUUUUUGUAGCAUUAAGACUUAAUGCCUACACUUGGCAAAGAGUUUUUAUCUAAACGAUGUUUAACAGUCUUCAGCUGGGAUGGUAAACUCACUGUGGCUAGGCUUUGGAGCUUAUUCUUCUGUGUGCAUUGAAACACAGGAGAUUAGUAAAAUGCUUUUAAAGGAAUGUGAAUUUAUAAGCUAAACUUCUGAAUCUCUAAAGCCCAAACUCUGCAUAAGUUGAGGAAUCUCUGGCCAUAAGACGUGUGUGUGUGUGUGUGUGUGUGUAGGGGAGGUGGGAGGGAUGCUUUGGAAUGAAUGCAAGACAAGGCGAAUGAAUAUUGAUUUAUUGUGAAAUCAGUUUGGACUUCCACAGUUUGAAUUAAUUUUCAUUAAAUACUUAUUUGCCACAUGUAGAGAAAAUAAAAGCAAAUUCCCCAAACCUCCUAAAAGAUCAAGACUUUUGUAGUACAGUGUACAGAACAUGUAAUUACUGUAGCUGGCAACUAAAUGUUUUGAACCAAUGCAAACAAUACCACUGGCUGUUUUGCACUCAGUAUUAUCUAUUUGUGUUUUGCGGUUUAGAAAUUCUUUAUAUGACACAAUAAUUGCUGGUUAAAAUAGCCCAUUUUAACAAAGUUAACUAUAUUUCUUGUUACAGAAUACUGUCUAUUUUUCUAUGAUGUAAACAAUUGUUAAGUGGCCAGUAUAAAGAAGUAUUAUUAUUAUUAUUAUAUUUUAAGAAGAAUAAUUCUUUUGACAGAAGACAGACCAAGGAGGAGUCACUUAUGUAUCUUAAUGCACAUUCCAUAUGGCCUCAUAUCCAGUACUGCCACUUUCUUUUGUUGGGAAAAGAACAAUCAGUGUAUAUGUAUGUGUGUGGAGUACAGGGUUAAUUUCUACAAUUUUCCACUCAACUGUUGGAUUGUUCUUUUUGGAGCAACUCUUUGGAGAACACAGCUGAGAACCGUCCGUGCUGGUAUUGCUGCCAUAACAUUCCAACGACUGUAAUUACCAAAAAGUGGGGUUGGAGCCCUGUCUCGAUGUCUGUGAGCAGCUCUGAUAAAGUACCUGGGUUUGUUUGUUAAACAGUUUUUAUGCGGUGUGGUUUUGAAUUAGGCUAGUGUAUGAAAAUAAAUAAAUCUGGGUCAAAUUCAUCCUUGGAGCCAGUGGGCAUCACCGAAGGGGGUGGACAGAUUUGGACUGCGUCUUUGUGACAUUCAAAUAUAUGGCUCUUUCAACAAAAAUUAAAGAGUAUAUAAAGAGGCCUGUA